AUGGUUUCAAACGAGUGUGAAAUAAAAGUAUCCCGUGUAACUAGAAAAAUCCUUCUAUACAGUUUAAUAUGGCCAAAAGAAGGAGAAGAAAUAAAUCCGGGAAAGUGGUAUUAUAUCAGAAUAUUUACAUUUUUGUCGUUUACAAGUUUGUGGUGCAUUGCUAUAUGUAUGCAUUUUAUAAUUGUUUUAAAAGAUAAAAUUAACUGGGAUGUGACCGAAGAAACUGCUAUAAUUAUUGCCAUUUAUGGCACUUACUACAUGGUAUUAGCUUACGUGAGAAAUCAAAAGAAAGCAGCUCGAAUUCUUCGUGAUUUAUCAAAUUUUGAAAAAUUUGGUGUACCUCCAGGAUUUGAAGAGGAAGAGAGACGAUUAAAAAAUUACAUUAUUGUCGUUUUUAUUCACGCAUUUAUUACGAUAACUUUUUACAAUUUUUACAAACUGUCUCAAAAAAAUGCAUGUGAAAGAUUUAAUGAGGAACACGAUUUACAUGAAAAUUGUGGUCUCUUAUCUCCAGUAUGGAUUCCGUUCAAAGUUGAUCAUUUUCCACAAUUUCAACUGGUUUUUUUGUAUUUAUUUACGUGCUGCCAUCUGCUCAUGAAACUACCAUUGAUAGUGUCUUACAAUGCUUUGGAGAUGGUUCACCAUAUAAUUUUAAGAAUAAAUCAUUUGAAAAUAAUGCUUACUACAUGUUUUGAUGAGCCUGACUAUCACAUAUGUAGAAGAAAACUAAGACAAUGUAUUUUAUAUCACAUUGAAAUACUAGAAUUUGCAACAAGAGUUGAUGACUGCUUUUCAAACUGCAUGUUUGCACAUCUUACACUAACUGGAGCAAUUUGCGCCUGUUUGGAAAAACAAAUAGUAUCAGGAAUUAGUACGUUUGGUGCUAUUCUACAUUUUAUUGGGUGGAUUUUGGCAUUAUUUAUUGGAUGUUUGGGAGGCCAACAUUUUAUUAAUGCGAGUGAUACAAUUCCGGAAUCGAUUUGGGCAUCAAAAUGGUACAACGUUGAUGUGAGAUUAAGAAGAGAUUUAAUACUAAUGAUGAUGAGGUCACAAAGAGAUCUUAACAUAACUGCCGGACCUUUUGGUGUUGUUUCAUAUGCACUAUUCGUUUCGGUUUUGAAAAUGUCUUAUUCUAUUCUUUGCGUUCUCACCUAA